AUGAAAGAAAGCGCCUUUGCGGCCGACUACCUUGCCUGUUUAACCAACUUAGCCCUUUACUACUCCCGCGCAUAUUCUCCCGAUUUCUUUGUGGAGGUGCGGUUUGCCGGAGAGUCCGUUUGGCAGACGCAGUUGCCUUCGUUGCAAUGGUACAUUGAAAGUGUGCUGGUACUUGUGGAUAUCCGGUACGUUGCCGAGUUCCGAAUAACUCUAACCCCUCGUCAAAAAGACGAUGAAUGCACAGUGGUGGUGGUGCGUUUGGCGAAGUACCCCGAUGCGGAGCUGGCGGAUGAAGCUUUCGACCAUUUGAGACGGUCCGUUUACGCUCUGAAGGUAUACUUGGCUCUCGCCCUGCAACACAGUUCUGUAGACAGCUGGUACCCCCAACUGACCCUCGUUCCAGAAACGCCCGAGUGGUACUUAGGACGCCUGAAAAACGCGUGGGUGCCCCUCCUCGAUUGUUCUAUGGAGGAAGGUGCGACGCGAUCCGAAACAGUACUCCUUACCACCGACCCGAGAAAAACGGCCCACAGAAAAAUUAAUCGAGAAACGAUCGAGACACUAAAAACCACAGUACCCGGCCUCGGAAAUAUAACACUGUCCAACCAGGUGGUGCUCAAAACUUCAUCAAGGAUAUUGGCGGUGAUUGAAGUGCCAGUGACUGAUUGA